AUGUCUCGUCCAGAAGAUAUACUUCCCCCAGAUCUCCACUACAAUGACACAGAAGCACGCAAAUACACGACCUCCUCCCGUAUUCAGAACAUCCAGGCCUCCAUGACCCACCGCGCUCUCGAACUCCUAAAUCUCGACAAGUCCUCUAUGAUCCUAGACAUCGGAUGUGGCUCGGGUCUCUCAGGCGAGAUCCUCUCCUCUAUCGAGCCCUCAGAAGGAGGACCUCACAUUUGGGUGGGAAUGGACAUAUCCGCCUCCAUGCUAGAUAUCGCACUACAGCGAGAUGUGGAAGGAGAUUUAAUGCUCGCGGAUAUUGGACAGGGCGUCCCAUUCCGAGCGGGAAGUUUCGAUGCCGCUAUCUCCAUUAGUGCUAUUCAAUGGCUUUGCAAUGCAGAGAGUAGUGACGUCUCGCCAAUUGGAAGAUUAUCAAGAUUUUUCAAUGGUUUAUAUGCCAGUUUGAAGCGCGGUGGCAGAGCGGUGUGCCAGUUUUACCCGAAGAAUGAGCAGCAGAGGACUAUGAUCAGCAGCGCUGCUAUUAAGGCUGGGUUUGGCGCAGGUAUCUUGGAAGAUGAUCCAGGGACUAAGAGCGGCAAGCUUUAUUUAGUUUUGACAGUGGGUGGAUCGGCAGAGGAGGGCAAUGGUGGUGAUAUUACUGGUGUGGUGCGGGGACUGGAGGGAGUUGAUGUGCUGGAUGCGAGGAGGAAACAUAAGGAGAAAGGAAGAGAUAUUAAGAAGGGGAGUAAGGCUUGGAUCAUGAACAAGAAGGAACAGAUGGAGCGGAAAGGAAAGGUGGUAAAGCAGUCUUCUAAGUAUACGGGAAGGAAGCGGAAUAUUGCCUUUUAG